GCAAAUGGCGGUGGGAAUUCAAUUGUGUGUAGCAACUAGCUAGUGAAAAUUAUGACAUUUUUUUUUAUGUUUGCUUGACAGUACAAUUCUAUUUUAAGUUCUUUAGAUGCUAAUUUAGCUGGGUUGUUACAUCUAGCUUGACCUUUGUGCGUUUCAAAUUGACAAACUAGUCGUGGAAAAUGACGAACGUUAUUCAAGUGACAAAUGUCUCUCCGAGCACCACCUCCGAACAGAUGAGAACUCUCUUCGGAUUUCUUGGAAAUAUUGAAGAGCUCAAGUUAUUUCCACCUGAGUGAGUAUUCUGAAUAUGAAACAAUUUAGUUAGCUAGUUAGCAACAUAGCUAACUACAUUUUCCAUAACAAAAUUGGCCAUAGUCCUGUUUGGGGCCUGUGCGGCUAUAGUGAACCUAACCUUAACUAGCAUAGCACACUCGCGCCACUGAUACAGAUUCUACUUGGCUGUUCGCUCGCAAUUUAGUUAACGAUGGAUGAGGGUUACCUAGGUAAUUUUCUAGUAAAUGCAGCUGUAUCAAGUUUAAUGGAGACGGAUAUCUACGAACUCUUGCCCACACUGCCUAUAUAGAACAUUAGCCAACUAAGAGAAACGGCUAGCUAGUAAACUAGCUCAAUAAUGCUAACUACCGAAUAGCAAAGCAGGCCUACAGUGCAGUCAAUUGUAGUUGACCCAUAGAAUUAGAAUAAUUUAUUAUAAAUUGUUAUAAUAUUAAUGUUCUUAAUUAUUAUAAUAUUAUUUAUUAGUAAUUUAAUAGGAUCUCCUGAGUUGACCAAACGACGCAGAAGCUGUUUUGUAUCUUUGAAUUACCCUCGCUAUGCUAUGAAAAUAAAUGGCUCCAUUGAAUAACCGUGCAGGGUAAGUUAGUAGGAGUUAGCCUAAUUGAUGUGUUCUGUGCUUUGCUGUUUUUCACCUGUCGAAUUACACCUGGCUGCACUGCAGUUAAGGUAGGAAUUAGGAGACAUCUUGAUCAUCCCUCUGAAGCGAUCGUGUUAAUUAAUCUCUCUUCCCAAUUGUAGCUUAAUUAGAAAAGUGAUUAUUGAGCAUUUAUGUUUUCAGGAAAAAACUAUACUAUUCAUUGUUAGGACCAUGUUUCUAUUACCCUAUGUCGAGAAUCUGUUUGUAUUUCUUGCACAACAAAUUUGUAUUUUCUUCCAGUGAAUCUCCCUUGCCUGUGACUUCACGUGUCUGUUUUGUAAAGUUCCUUGAGUCAGAGUCGGUUGGAGUGUCCCAACAUCUGACCAACACCGUCUUCGUGGACAGAGCCCUGAUUGUUGUCCCAUUCGCAGAAGGUUGGUGAUCUUUGGCCUAAAUCUAACGUUUUCCAACAUACUAUAUGAACUAACAAAGCUUAACCAAACCUGAUGCUACAUCCAAAACCAUACACACUAUUUGGAUUGUUGAUCAAAUUUGUAUUUAAAGUAAGAUUAAAUACACAAGUCUUACCAGAGAUUGGAAAUAUACUAGGGGUAAAAGGGAAUACAUGUGUAAUCUUGCUGUUCUAGUCUAGCAUAUCUUUUUUUUUUUAAACUUCUCUCUGUCAUUUGUGUUGUGGUUUUCAUAGUGGACAAGGCAUUUGCAGAACCCCUUCCUUGCUGACUGAAAAGGGUCCUCUACAACCAUCAGGAUUUUAGACAAAUAAAUGGCAGCUUGACUCACGAGCCCCUUCCCACUGUUGUUCUGCUGUAAAGAUUAACUCUCUCUUUCUCUAUGUCCAAGGCAUUCUUUUCAUUAUAAGGGUAACCACUCAAUGAACCAUAGCAAUAGCUAUCCCACAUAUCAACAAUCUCUAAUCUGGAUACAUAAGAGAUUAAAGUAAUCAAAGUUUGAAGGUCACAAUCAGUAGUGGGUUUGCAUCUAAUCAACUAAAGGAAGCAUGCAAAGGUAAAUUAACUGAUUGCAGCUAUGCAUGCUAGAGUAGAUUUGUAUAGUACUAGGCCUACAUCCGUUUAGUUACUUCCAGCUACAGUCCUGGAAGAUUCUGAACACCAUUUUGGUCAUGAUUAUGAUGAUUCACAUGCUUAUCUGUUUUUUUGGCCUUAACCCAUCCAAUUUGAAUAGCUGUGUUUCACAGUCCUUUUAUAUAUGUGCAUCUCCUUUCCCACAUAUACUGCAGGUAAAAUAAGACUGGUUGUUGUUGCAGUGAAAUGCUUUAUAAUGAUCCUCUCCACUUGACUCUGAAAGGGUUCAGUAAGUCAAACGUUUAACGGUGGUUUUUCUUUUUGUUGUUGUGUUUUACAGUUCUUUUUCCUGGUUCAGCCAGCCCUAUAUACCAGGCCCUGCUGAAAAUGCCACCCAACAGUUUUGUCUUCUGCAGCUUAUCCUGUUUCUCAAGUGUCCUUUCUGUCAUUUCUCUGUAAAUAUGAAAAGUUGUUUGAUUUAAAAUUAGCUUAAUUUCAGAUUGCACACCCAUGGAUCAUCUCAUAAGAUUUUCCUUUUUAUUUAACUAUUGUAUAAGAUUUUCCUUCAGCAUUGGGCACCAUUGUAUUCAACCUUUUGCUGGCAUUUUCCCUUAUUUAUAAGAGCCUACUCUGUACUUAUUUUUUUCCUUGUCAGCAUUUCUGUUAGUUGCAAUUUAAGUUAAACUUUACAACACUGUACCUGGUGAAAUACAGUAGCCAGUCAAACAUGUUGUAGGCUCUUUGGAAGAAAGAAGCCACCAGCAAAAGCCCAGAAAACAGAAUUUGGUGGAGCUUUUUUUAUUUCUUAAUGUACUGGUAAUGGUAAGUGUUUGAGGCAAAAGUAAUGAACUGUUCCCUGCUGUUGACGCCAAAAUCAUGAACUUUGUUUUGUGUAUCUUGAUGUUUUUGUGUGCUUUGUAGCGAAGCAGCCGACGCGUAUCGCUUGUUCAUAAAACAUCUAAUGAAACUUGAGAGCACAUCCCACUGGACAACCGGCUGUGCUUGCUUACGUUUGGUUCAUGACUUAAAAAACAAGUACAGGUGAUACAAUCUUGGCAGUGUUGACCACAGUGUGUAUUGUGACUUUGUUCUCGUAGUAGUAUUCUGAAAUCAUACUUAACAAGUCAGCGACCAACAUUUUCAGACAACACAAAAUGGAAUGUAUGUCUUGCUACAUAUUGUGGUAAGAGUAGUUAGCCUGAGGUGGUUUGUCUGUGGCUCUGUUUGAGUGUGGUGGCUGUUUGUGGAGAUCUGUGCUGAUUCUGUGUUUUUCUCCAGGAGUGAUUCCUGAUGAGUCUAAAGCUCUGUCACUGCUGGCACCAGCGAAUGCUGUGGCGGGAUGCAUGCCUGGAGGGGGCCUUCUCCCCACUCCAAAUCAUUUGGCGUCGGUAAGUGUUCUGCAAGGAGUGUGUAUCUAUUGGUGUUGUAUUGAGACCUAUUAACUGUAACCAUGUAAGGCCCCAUUUUUUUUCACAACAAAAAAAGUAGCUGGAUGGAAGAUUUGUCUGGUUUGUAUCCCUUGUUCUGGCAGAUGGGAGGCGUUCCUCUUUCAGCUCUCGGAAAUCCCAACAUGGAUCCCAUGGUUGCCAUGGGCAUGUCUGGCAACAUGAACCCCCAGGUUGGACAUGGCUACUUUCUAUACCACUACUCUCUGUACUUUUAAAACGGCUGUAGGUUAUAACAUUAACAGCAUAAGACCUUUUCCGAUUUAAUGACCUAUUGGUCGAAUUAUCACAUUAUAUAUUUAUAUAGCUUUGCAUUUGUGUUCUCUAUUUUAGGCCCUCUCUGCUGACUUUCUGAAGCUUAUGCAAUCCAUGGAUCCUACUAAGUAAGUAUCACUCCCAAUUCUAACCAGUCUAAAUAAUAUUAUUCUAACAGUUAUUAUUGAAUAUGCGGUAAAGUCAUCCGUAUUAUUUAUUUGUGACUAACUGGGUUUUAUGUGGUCCUGUAUGGCUACGUUGGUAGAGUAUGGCGCUUGCACCGCCAGGGUUGUGGGUUUGAUAUCCAGGGCCAGCCAUAUGUAAAACGUGUGCUUUGGAUAAAAGCGUCUGCUAAAUUUCAUUUAUUAUUAUUUUGACCAUUGCAGAAUGAAUCCAAUGGCUGCUGGUAUGAUGGUUAAUCAUGGUAUGAAGAAUGACUCCAACAAGGAGAUGGAGGCUGCCAUGAAGAGGGUCAGAGAGGCCCAGUCCCUCAUCUCUGCAGCUAUCGAGCCUGGAAGUGGGUUCUCACUAAUUUAGGCCACUUAUAUUUGCAGUAUUACCCUUGUGUUUUGACUGACUCAUUCCUGUCUUCUAUUGUGCUCUUCCUCGCAUCUUCAGGAUUUGUCGUUGUAAUGUUACCGUUUGUUCUCACAGAUUUGUGUUACAUUGGAGUUUCCUGAACAUUAAUUCUUCCUUUGUUUAACUGGUAAAUGUCAUUGCAGAUAAGAAAGACGACAAGCGCAAACAUUCCCGCUCCAGCUCUCGGUCUCGGCGGAGGAGGUCCAGGUCUCGCUCUCGUCAUAGGUGGGCCGCUGAUGAGAAACUGCAUAUCUUAACUAAAUAAGCAAUUUUGGGCAUGUGCUGAAUGUUAGCCCCACUUUACCUGCAUAUUCAUGAGUUGAUAUUGGCAAACUUGAGUUGUUUAAGUGCAUGGAUUAGUUGGGACAGCUAACGGUCUAAUCUGAUUGCAGGCGAUCGAAGAGCAGGUCUCGGCGGAGGUCCCACUCGAGGAGCUGGAGGCGGUCGAAGAGCCCCCGCAGAAGGAAGUCCCACUCCAGAGAGAGGGGCAGACGCAGCAAAUCCAGGUGUGUCCAUCUAGUGUUUUAUUCACAGCUGGGAUCAGGAAAAUGUGGUGCCUUAUGUACCUGUAUCAGGAUUCCUUCAAAUCAUUGUUUGCCUUUUGUUUUUCCCGCUUGUAGGGAUAAGAGGAAAGAGGAGAAAUCUAAAAAGCGCUCCAAGACGCCGCCUAAGAGCUACAGCAGUACCAGGAGGUCUCGAAGCAUCAGUCGGUGAGUGGUUUAAAUACAGGAGGAGUCAGGAUAGAUUGACCUAAAUGCAUUGAACCCGCUUCAUAUUCUAGACAUUUCAGGAAUCCAAAGACAACCAGUGGAAUGUAGGAUUAAAGUAACUGUCCAGUGAAUAUCUCACUUUUAAAAGUUCAUUCUGUUAACCCAAAUUAUGUUGACUCAUCCUAUACUCGUAUUUGUGGCAAAAGCAUGAAUUGGAGAGAAAAAAGCACUACAAAACCCCACUUCAGACAUGUAUUUCAAACAGACCGUUUAAAGAAAAGGGUUGCUAUUUCCUCAGAGGAUUAUGUCACCCUCCUGAGGAUGAGCUGGCCAAUCAGUGGUCUACUCACAUGAAUAUUUGUAAUGACCUGUUUACGCCCACACCAUUCUAACAUAGAAAAGCUGCUUUUUUCUCAUUGUAAUUCAUUGGUUUCCCUCGCAUCUCUAAUAUCUGGUCUUCAACAGGAGACGUAGAAAAAGUCGCAGCACCUCUCGGUCACCAAAGAAGUCCAGGUCCCCAAAGAGGAAACUGUCCAGGUCCCCUUCCCCUAGGAGGUGAGUGUGGUACAUAAGAUGGUCCUCCUGGUUCAGUGCCACACUGGACUCCACAGUGCAGUAAUCUGUAGGUGUACCUGUCUGUAUUUAAACAAUGGUUCUUGUCCCCCACAGGCACAAGAAGGACAAAAAGAAGGACAAAGAGCGAGAGAAGGACAGGGAUCGCGAGAGGAAAGAGGUCAGAGACCGGAGCCGAGACGAAAGAGAACGAUCCACCAGUAAGAAGAAGAGCAAAGACCAGGAGAAGGACCGCGACCGCAAAUCUGACAGCGAGAAAGGAGAUGUCAAGGUGUGCAACCACUGACUUUCCCUCAUUAACGAGUCUCAUUCUAAUCAUAUCAGUUAAAUGUCUAUCGUAAUUAUUUUAUUUUUUUUCUCCCUGGACUAGGCUUAAGAUGUGUCCGGGGGAAAACCGACGCUGAAUGUUGUCAUGUCCUAACUGACCUGUUUCAUUUGCCAUUUAUUCCUUUAUUGCUCAGAGCUCUUUGCUCUUGCAGGUGACCAGGGAUUAUGAUGAGGAGGAGCAGGGCUAUGACAGCGGAAAAGAGGUAGAGGAGAGGAAGAGCGACUCUGAUUCAGCGUCAUCCCCUAAACCCCGGGAGGAGUCUGAAGAGAAGCCUGCAGAAGAGAGCGGCAACAGGUCCAAACAGAACGGAGAUGACUGCCAUGAUGAGGACGACAUGGAGAUGAGCGACUGAGUGCGCUCAGAGAGACCCAGCCAGAUGACCUCAUAGAUCACUCAAAACCUUAAAUUAAUACGUGCGGGUGUCUGCUGGUUUGUAGUCACAUGUUAGAGACCAGUUCUCAAGACCGGUUAGGGAAAAUCUUGUUCUGUUUGGAAUAGCCAGUUUAUUUCUGUCAUGGACAUGACCAGUGAGCAUGUGUAGGAAGUUUGGCCCAAAUGAGUACCUUUUGUAAAAGAUGACAUCGUUUUAAAAAUGUCACAUUGCUGUACUUUUUUAAGUUGAAGGGCCUGUUGAAUGUGAGGGAUUUUGAAAGCGGUUUCUAUUUUUGUCCUCAAAGAUUUUACUCAUCUUGAACGUAGAGGAACUGUUUUCUCCUAAAUGACUCACUGAAUUGGUGUAAAUUUAAACAUUUUACAGGAAAGGGUUUGGUCCCCCGCUUACUCACUGUUAAUCAUAUUUAGCCUGGUACCAUUCUGUUUUUGGUGCAGUGCAGCUUUCUAUUCUUUCUGUUGGAAUCCUGAUAAAUUGACUUGAUAAGUACUUAAUACUGUUGUGACUAGUCAUACCCUCUCACCCCUGUGACAAUAUACGGUAGAUCAAAAUGAGUGUUUGGAUUAUUAUGAAUACCCUGUACUGUCUGCAACAUGUUUUACAAGGAUCUAAUAAAACUAGGUCUAAAUGGCUA